CUGUCACACGGGGCAGCGAGUCCGGGACAGCGGAGCAUCGCGCGAUGUAUUGUCUGACAUGAAUAACGGGUGUGUUUUGACAAUUGAAACGCCUUGAUCGCGGAAAGCAUUCCGAUGCUAUGACAGUCGCUUCUCUUAAGGUAUUUCGUAUACCUUUAUUUUAACUAUAGACUGUAUUCUUGUUUGUUGUUAUCCGGAUACAGCUCAUUGCAACAAGUGGAAUUUUGGUGUGCGAUCCAGCUGUCAUGGAGGAGCAAAAUGAUCAAAACAGUCGUGAUUCGACUGAAUCUGAGAGCGUCUCGCUCUCACCCAAUAUACCAUCCCCUCCGAUUUUACCUCACCAGGCUGCGCAGCAAGCCCACAGACCCACGAACUUUUUCAUCGACAAUAUUCUACGGCCAGAUUUUGGCUGCAAGAAAGAUCUUGGGAGUAGGGACCGGGCGCAAACCUCGGGUAGGGAGAAUGUUAACCCUAUGGUGAUAAGGCCGUCGCAUAAUAGCAGCCUUUGCCAGGAUUCAAACUGCAGUAGUGACAGCACUUCUUCAUCCUCGUCUUCUUCGCCAUCCUCAAAGCAGACCUCUGCGAAGCUUGUCGAGGGAAAUGGAACUACCACAGCAAGGUACGGGGAGAAUACGACGUCGAUAAAGGUGGUGAACUCUAACGGGGGAACUUCGCAAGGAAAAGAAUCGCAGCCUAUACUAUGGCCUGCGUGGGUUUACUGCACCAGGUACUCGGACAGACCUUCAUCUG